AUGUCUGCGGUUUCCGCUCAGCUCUGCCUUAUUUGCGGAGAAAUUGCCGAUUCCAUUCACUUUGGAGCACUUUCAUGCAGGUUUUAUAUCAAAUUCAUAUCAGGUUUUCCACAUAAACUCGCUAUUUUAAGAGCGUGUGCCGCCUUUUUCCGUCGAAAGUUGCCGCUAAUCAGAAGAUGGUCAGGAGGUGUGCGGGGGCGUGCAAACUCGAAAACCAAGUGCUCCGCCGGUUGUGUGCCAGUUGUCGGUACGAAAAGUGCCUAAAGGCCGGCAUGAAACCGUCCGCCGUGCUUUCGAGAUUGCCAAUCAAGUCAGAAGACGUCCCUUCGACCUCAAAACCUCAUAAAAGUCUUCUGGAGCAGCUGAAGGAUGCGUACGGGAGAUUCGAGAACGCAAGGAAAAUCGCUUCAAGCGAGAGGUAAGAAUCGUGAAUUCUGUCAGCAAUUGAGUGGUUUUUCUUCAGGAAAACCACGUUCCAAAACUUUGCAACUACAAAGAAAUGAAUGAAAUGUGCUUCGUCGACGUCAAACUUCUCUUGGAAAACUUCAUACCGUUCUUCCGAACGAACGUGCCGACGGACGAGGAACAACAAAAGUACCUCGUGGCACACUUUUGGUCCCUUUCGUGAUGUUGGACGGUGCAUUUAGAUCCACGAGUAAGACUGAUCCUCUGGCUUCGAUCAUCCGUCUUUGCAGUUUCAGAAAGUGACGUGUUCCUCCUGCCGAGUGGUGAUUUUGUGGAUAUCCGACAGCUGGAGCAGUACUAUCAGAAUCCGGAUGAGGAGGACGACGAGAAGGCGAAGCAUGCUCGGUUGUGGGUGAUAGUUUGUGAAUUGAAAUGAACGCUCACUUCCAGAAUACUUGAACCGUAUUGGAAACUGACCAAACAGACUAUCCGACGACAUUUGAGGGAAGUCAAACUCGAUCUUUCCGAGUUCCUUCUUCUCUCCGCUCUCAUUUAUUGGGAUUUCGGUGAGUCUUCAUCCCUUGUUUCAUUUUUAACUGCUUAUUUCCCCUUAGGACUUGUAAACCAAUCGGAUGAGUGCAUAGAAAUGUGCAAAUUGAUGAGAUCGAGAGUUCUGGAAGAGCUGACCAACUACGAGAAGAGCAUCCACUCAACGACGACCAUCCGAUGCGAGUCGGCGAGAUUGUGA